AACAACACUCUUUUUUUUUUUGUUGACAAAACACUCCUUCUUCUUCGUUGGAGUGUUUCUGCAAAUUGUGUGAUCCGCGAAUGUAACACAAAAAGAGAAGAAAUAAUGGUUGAAAGCGUGACGCCGAAACCGAGAGUUCGUCCAUUCUUACGAUUAGGGAUUUUCCUAAUCUCUCACAGUAAUUAUGUUAGCAUCGUUUGUUUCGUAUCGGGAAUCGUUGCUCUUCUACUUCUCCCUAUUCUCGCUAAGAAUACUUACGUUUCCGAAAAUGCCCUCAUGCCAGGUUCUGCUAACAACAUGCUCUCUACUCAUCAUGUUUCACAUGCUAACAAAUUCAUCAAUGACUUAACUGAUUCUCACAUUGAUAGUCAUAAAAUUAUUGCACAGUAUAUGUCAGCCUUGGAUGCCGAGGUUACUUAUCACAAGUUCUACCCUCAAUUGAAUCAGUUUCAUCCACUGCACUUUUUCACCAGUCCUGAUUCAGGUAUAGUCUCAAAAAAUAUAAGUUGUUCAUCACUUGGAAUCAACAUAGCUGGAAUUAUUAGAGCACCACGGGGCGAUGGCAAGGAAGCUAUUGUCUUGGUAACGCCUUACAAUCCAAAGAAAGUUGGUCCAGCAGAGGCUUUGUCUUUGGGCAUUGCUUACUCGGUGUUCUCACUGCUUUCACGGGUUACUUGGUUGGCAAAGGAUGUCAUAUGGCUUGUGGCCGAUUCACAAUAUGGAGAAUAUUCUGCUGUCUCCGCAUGGCUAAGAGAAUAUCAGGCCCCUGCAUUCCAUGAAGCUGAAAUAGUUAAUAGUGAAACAUGUAACGACAGUGAUGCUAUUGAUGAACUUGGACACAAUCCUUAUUUUGAUAGAAAAUUAUACAGUGGUUUUAGACGUGCCGGAACUAUGGCUGCAGCUCUUGUGAUAAAAGUUGCUGAGCAAGGUAACCAUCAUGAAGACAAUCUUAAUAUCUAUGCCGAGGCAUCUAAUGGGCAGAUGCCAAACCUGGACCUCAUCAAUAUUGUAAAUUAUCUGGCAGUACAUAAACAAGGUUUGCGGAUGAAAGUGAAGAAGACAUUUUCUCUACUUGGCUCCAGGUGGCUUAAUACUUUGGGUGGCGUAUUUGAAUCUCUGGGAAAAAUUGCUAAAAGCUUAAAUCCUCAAUGGAAAUUUGGUAUUUCUGCUACUGAGUAUGUUGAGGGGGCUGCUACACUAGCAAGUUCAUUGUAUUUUCAGGGUUUGGGUGUUCCCACUGGUCCUCAUGGUGCCUUCCGUGAUUAUCAAGUUGAUGCAAUCACUAUGGAAAUUUCACCAAAAGUUUCUCCUACUAAAAUGAUCAGGCGUAAUGAAUUCAUUCUCCGUGGUGGAAGGUUGAUUGAAGGAGUGGUACGCUCAAUAAACAACCUUCUGGAGAAAUUUCAUCAGUCAUUCUUUUUAUACCUCUUGACAUCUCCUGGUAAGUUUGUAUCAGUGGGAGUUUACAUGAUUCCAUUUGCAUUACUGGUUGCACCACUUCCAAUAGUUGCAGCAUCUCUCCAUGCUGAUGCUAACAAGUACACCCCUCAAUCCACAUCUUCCUCUGAAGUUGAUGUCAGCCACAAAUCUUGGAAAUGGCUGAACUCAGCCAGAAAAGUUUUGGUCAUUCAUUUAUGGGGUGCUGUUGUCUCCUUACUCCCAUAUUUCCUAUGUCAAAUACCUAAUUCCACCCCAACAACAAACUUUACUGUUUGGGGUUUACUAUCAGCUUCUAGCCUCCUAAUUUUAUACUUCAUAUUGGAUUCUUCAAUUUUCGAAGCUGCUACAUCUCAGCCCGAGAAAAGCGAGUGGGCUAGCUUAAAAUCUGUAACAAUAUCAACCGCUUUCAUUGGUUUAUCUCUCAUGUCAGUCAUUAACUUUGCCACAGCAGAAAUCGGGGCUUUACUCAUUGUCCCGAUUUGUCUGAUGGCUCGACCUUUGAAGCUUGAUACUCGAGCUAGGAGCUUGAGAACCUUACUGAGGGCCACUUGUAAUCUUGCUUUAGGUUUUAUUGCAUUUCCUCCAGUAGCAUAUGUUUUAAUGAAAGGUGCUUUUGAAGACUUUUAUGGUACUAGUGUUGGUGACUAUUGGAACUGGGUUGAAUCCCUUUGGACAUGGAACAGUGCUACUUACCUCUAUGUAGGUAUUGUUCACCUACCAUGCUGGGCACUUUGUAUUCAUAUUUUAUUUCAUUCUUGUUGACAUGUAAUUUUAGUUAGUUGGACAAGCAAUUUUGUUGCAACAAAUUUACUGUCUUGAUGUUCAUAUCUUCCACUUUAAAGCUUAGUAUCAUUAUUCUUCGCAAGGACGUAUCGAUAAAUGUUUAGGUGGCGGCUGGUGUAUUUCGGCCCCUGAUGUUGUUCUUGAUGACUAAUCCGUGAAUGAUCAUUGAGCCUCUACUCUUGUUCUGCUUAAAAUUUGACGUGCCAAAAUUAGGAUCUAUGUUGGGAGCUUUGUUCGAUAACGAUCCUUCCACAUUCAUGAGGCUGCAACGAUAAUCUGGACAAUUCUAGACAGUUGGAGAUACGCGAUUCAUCAUUUGGAGAAAAGUACCACUGUAUACAAUCAAAAUAUAUGGAAUUUGAUUCUGUAUAGUCACAACCACAUAUCUCAACUGUUAAACGCAGAACAAACAACAUAUAGUCUUAUAUUUUGAUUUGUAUUUUAAAGUAGUUUUGGUGAAUUUUGAUUACAAGGCAACUGUUUUUUAUCCAA